AUGGCCAUCAUCCCGAUCAUGUCAGCUCCUGAAGCAGCGAUGCCUGUGGUUACCCAGAGCACCGAAGAAGUGACUGCACAGAUGGAUAAAAUAUCCAUUGAGCCCAUGGCGACGCCCGAGCGUGCUCCUGUCGAUACAAAAGCGGUUCGGAUCACGGUUCCUGUCGACGCCACCUCGAGGACGGCGGGCGUCGCGAAGUCGGGCUUAUACUCCGACCGCAAACUUGUACGUCGCGACAGCCUGGAACGCCGCGAAGCCUUCCUUAAGGGCAAGGAGGGCUCGCGGCAGCGACGGCGAUGGGAAAAUGAUCGACUUCUGUCAAACCCUUGGGCUGUCCCUCCCUUACCCUCCGACUGGGAAGUCCGUCCCACGUACCCGCGACGAACCGUCCCAUACUAUCUGGCUCCGCUGUGGGAUGCCGCCGAGUUUCAACGCGCUGUCGAAUCCAAGCUCAAGGGUCGCAGGAACAGCACUCGAAACCAUGGGAAACGCGUCGUGCAGAACACCGGAAUGAGUCCCAUGGAAGAAGCAGCGACCAGCAUCCCAAAGGAAGUACGAGCCAAACUCAAGCGCGCCAGAGCCGCCAAGGGAUUGCUCCAGGAUCUGGAGGAAACAGUCCGAGCGUUCGUGCGCAAGUGGAACGAAAGAGAAAUCCGUCUGAGAAGAGAUGGUCUGCAUGACAUUCCUCUGACCAGUGACAGCGAGGAUGAGGAAAUUGUCUUUAUUGGUAGGAAUGGUGCUAUGCACGAUUCAACCAGCAAGGACCAGAAGGACAACGGUGAGGCGGGAUGGGACGACGAUGGUACGAUCGGCACUGAAAAAAUGGUCUUUGAGGGCCUGGAUAAAGACAAGGGCGCCGCCUUUGCGAGAUGGCUGGUGCAUUGCGUGGGCAGCUACUAUGGCUUGCGAACUUGGAGUGUGACCCUUGACGUCGAGGGUGAGGAGAAGAGAAGACAAGCCUAUGUGGGUGUGGACAGCCGAGCAAGAGGGUUUCUGGGCCGAGGCGUCGAGGUUGGCCGCGAAAUCGAACUUCCACGCCCGCUGUGGGGGAUGGUGUGA